UGACAGAAACGUACAGUGACGUUCAGUAAGCAUUUUGCUUCGAGUGUGUCAACGUCUGGUACAAUUCAGCUCUAAGGUGAACCUCAUUCGUGAACCUCAUUCGUGUUAACAAUUCAUAUCCUUAAUCGGCUUUUGGAGUACUAACAGAAAAUGAAUGAAUCUGGUCUUUUCGAAAUCGAUAUUGAUGGGGACGAUGUGGUUUCAAAACAUUACCAUGUCCCUGAGUCAAAAUAUGUCCACAAACUGGAUGACAUUUCCUCAAGACCCACAUCACUUCAGACCAGUGAAGCUUACCAACAAAAUCAAUAUGAAAAUAAACUGGUUUCUCAACAUGACUUCCUGAAAGAAUGCCAAAAUCUUGUGGCAGUGGAUGGUUUUUCCAGCUUGUCAGAAAUAACAUUUAAAGAAUACCAAAGCCUUGAAGCACCAGAAGCCUCAGAAUACCAAGUCCUUGAAGGACCGAUUGAUUGUCUAAAUCAGCCAGAAGCCUCAGAAUACCAAGUCCUUGAAGCACCGAUUGAUUGUCUAAAUCAGCCAGAAGCCUCAGAAUACCAAGUCCUUGAAGCACCGAUUGAUUGUCUAAAUCAGCCAGAAGCCUCAGAAUACCAAGUCCUUGAAGCACCGAUGGAUUGUCUAAAUCAGCCAGAAGCAUCAGAGAAAGUUCCUGACUGUCCUAUAUUACUGACCCCAGAGGUGACAAUUAAGGCCCAGGAGUCCACCAAGAAGAGAAACACACCUUACUUGCUGAAGGAAAAAUUUAUCACAACAAAACCCAUGAUUCCUGUGGCAUUUGUUGUGUCAGGAGCAAGGCAAGACCAGUGUAUAGAAGUGUCAAUGCGAUACAGUGAGAAUCCCAACCAGAACAAAUCCGUGAAUGUUUGCAAACUGCAUCAGGAAUGUGAAAUUUGCAAGGUUAAUCAGAGGAACCACCCAGAGAAUUUCAACUUCUGCAUCAACCAGCCCGAAAAGUUCUUAUGUCAGUAUAUUUUAAUGGAUGGACACCCGACUGCCCUCCUUACUUUAAAAGAUGAUGUCAUUUCUGAAGAUGGAAAGGCCACGUUUAAUAUCAUAUUUCCUUGUUUGAACUCCUGCAACAUACAUAGGAGUUAUGGGAAAAAACUACAUUUGAUUCUGAAGAUUUUUGAUAGCAGCCAGAAUCAGUUGAGUGAUCUUAUACAGUAUAAGGUGAAGGUUUGUAAGAAUGUGAAACGUGACCAUGUGGGCAACGAUGAACUUCCCUGGGACCAAGAAGAGCUGGACAUUCAUCAGGCCCAAUUCAAAGGGCACAAAAUUCCCAAGGCCGAUACUAUUAUUCUGCCAGAAAUAUCAGACUUACAAGCUUUGGAUGAAUACAUCUUGUCAUCUUUCGCGGGAGGCCAGCAGGCAAGUGAGACCUGGGCCACAUACCCUGUAACAAUACAGGUCCAAGAGUCCUCCAAGAAGAAAAACAUUCCAUAUUUGGUGAAGGAAAAAUUUAUCACAACAAAACCCAUGAUUCCUGUGACAUUUGUUGUGUCAGGAGCAAGGCAAGACCAGUGUAUAGAAGUGUCAAUGCGAUACAGUGAGAAUCCCAACCAGAACAAACCCGUGAAUGUUUGCAAACUGCAUCAGGAAUGUGAAAUUUGCAAAGAUAAUCAGAGGAAUCACCCAGAGAAUUUCAACUUCUGCAUCUACCAGCUCGAAAAGUUCUCCUGUCAGUAUAUUGUAAUGGAUGGACACCCGACUGCCCUCCUUACUUUAAAAGAUGAUGUCAUUUCUGAAGAUGGAAAGGCCACGUUUAAUAUCAUAUUUCCCUGUUUGAACUCCUGCAACAUACACAGGAGUUAUGGGAAAGAACUAAAUUUGAAUCUGAAGAUUUUUGAUAGUGAGAAGAAUCAGCUGGGUAAUCCUAUACAGUUUGGAGUGAAAGUGUGCAAGAAUAUAAAGCGAGAUCAUGUAGAUGAUGAAUAUCCCAGGGCAAGCAAAAGGAUUAGAAACUCCAUUAAGGAGGAAGUUGUGACUAACAAGAAUAUUAAGAUAGCUGAUGUGCCUGAUUACGGAGUAGGGCCCAACAACAAUGCUUCAGGCACAGAGGAACAGGAACUCCCUAACUGGACCUGCUUUUUAAUGAAAAAUCUGGAACAUCAGAAGCAAGUGGUUUCCAUGAUUAAAAAACUUCAGGGAGAAGUCUUCUCUUUUGAUGACCCAGUAAUGGCAUUGGAGUGAUUUGAAGCUGUGACUGGAAAAGUAAUGGCAACCUGUGACUAGAAGGUCGUAACACAAUAUUUACUGUAAGCUGUCAAAAUGUAUGAAGCAAAGAUGUAAAUGUUUCCUCAGUGAGGCAGUGCAUUUUGUUUGUUUUAUCCCUGUAUAUUUCCAUGCUGGUAUUGCUUUAGCUAUUAUUUUUUCACCAGACUUAUUCAUUUUUAUUUUCUUUUAUUAGUUGUAGUAUUCUUGUAAUUGUUAUUAUUAUAUUAUAAUGGUAAUAUUUAUGAUUUUUUAUGCUUUUGUUUUUCUCUUUAAUUGUAUUUUCCUUAUUUUUUUUUUUUCAUUUGCAUUAUAAACAGUAAACAGUUUUGUAUUAAUUACAUUAUAGAGGUAAAACAAAACAAAAGUUUCAUGAGAUACUUUUAAAUUAUUAGUUGGUGUGUGUGUGUGUGUGUGUGUGUGUGUGUGUGUGUGUGUGUGUGUGUGUGUGUGUGUGUGUGUGUGUGUGUGUGUGUGUGUGUGUGUGUGUGUCUGUGUCUGUGUGUGUGUGUUUCCAUUCUUAAUGCUUGGGAGUACCAGUUGUUACCUUUAUUUCUUUAGAUGUAGGGCUAUGUUACUUGUCUGUAAAGAUAGGGCUAUUGGAAGCAUAGUUUAUGAGAUGAAAUCUUUGUGCUAAUGUUGCACUGAACAAAGUUGUAAAACAUGCACAAGAAAUCAAUAUAGGAAAAGUAUUAUAUUUAAUGAUUAUAGAGAUUUAUUAGUGUAUUUCACUAAUGUUUGUGUAAACUUGAUAUUCACUUUCAUCCAAGCAGACAUGUAUUGCAAGGUGAAUAAAAGAGUGUAGAUCUGUUGAUACCUUUCAGUGCAUUUGUGUUGUUGACUUUAGGUAGGUUACAGGCUAUUCAUCAUAUAAUGAAUUAGUCUAAAUUUACAGCAGCCAUUAAAUUAUUUCCCUUAAGUCAGGCUAUAAUUUACAGAAACAGGAAGUAUUAUAUACCAUUCCAGUGUCACUGUAUACAUUUAUGAGUGCUUAUUCUCACCAGUUUGUGUAUAUGUCUGUCUAUGCACACACACAUACACUACAUGUAUAGGAUGGAAGAGUUUUCAUUGUCCUAUCUUUGCUUAAUUUGGUGAACUUUCUAUUUGUGUACCAGUGCAUGAAACUAGUCACAAUAAAGUGACUGCCAUUUUCAGUAUUGUUGUACAAAUUAAACAAGUUGGCUACAUAUUUGACACAGACACACUAGCCCAUCCACACAUUUACGAAUGCAUGCAUGUAUCCCCAAGAGAUCCCCACACCCAUACCCAUCCAACCCCUCACACACAUGUAUAAUAAAAGAAAUUAGAAAUAUAUAUAUAUAUUACAAUUAUAUUUUAGAUUUAUUGAUCUAUUUUUUUUUUUUUUUUUUUUUUUUUUUUUUUUUUUUUUUUUUUUUUUUUUUUUACAUAAAUGAUAAACAGUAAUAUUUAACCCAUUCGCCACAUGUGGCAAGAAUAGAUGCCAUACCCACAUUGAUACACGUUUAUUUGUUGUAUUUACACAUAGAUGGUUCUACAAGUUGUUAAUCACCAAAUAGCCAGUUAUCCAGAACUACCUAUUUCACCUGUUUACCUUUUCCCUUCACUUUAGGAAAGGGUUUUUUGUAUCAUUUCAUUGUCUAAAAUAUUCUAAUGACAAUUUGGUAAUCAUAACAUCAAUAACAAUAAUAACAGUAACAAAAGCAAUGGUAUUAAUUUUCCCGCCAAUUCAAUGAAUGGAAAAACCAGGGUCGGUAACUAAGGCCUACUGAUAGACUCCUUGAAUUUUGUGAAUGAAACAAAAUUCACCAAAACCUACAGGGGACAGAACAUAAAUCCGUGGCAAAUGGGUUAAUGUAUUCAUUUCUAUGUAUUAGAUUACAUGUAAAUUUCAUAAAUAUUGCUGAAAGUUUAGUGUCAUGUCACAUUAUACUACAUGUUCUUCAAAGAUUAGGAGUAUUUUGUGACCAGUUUUAAAGGUGAAGAUUUACUAAAGGUAUAACAUAUAAGAAAUGUUUUGUUUCCAUGUAUUAUUAUUGGAUUUUAUGUUAGAGUUAUAUGUGUAAAGUAAAAAAAAAUAUAUCUUGUGGAAUAAAAUAAUGUGACAUAAGAAAUACUAAUUGUUUGAGAAAUGUAUCAGUAGUCUAUAAUUUGGAUAGGUUAUUGGAUUUCCAUGUAUUAUUAUUGGAUUUUAUGUUAGAGUUAUAUGUAUAAAGUAAAAAAAAAAAUAUUUUGUGGAAUAAAAUAAUGUGACAUAAGAAAUACUAAUUGUUUGAGAAAUGUAUCAGUAGUCUAUAAUUUGGAUAGGUUAUUAGACUUAACAAUGUGUUUCAGUCAUUUUGUCUGUAGGUUUUUUUGUGUAGUUUCACAAUCCCUUAUCCAAAAAACACUGGGCCAGCUGUUUGGGGGAUUUAAUUUUUGGUCUGAUUUUAUAAAUGAAAUUAGCUCCCUACUGGGGCAUAGGACAGUACUCCACAAUCAAACAUUACUACCACAACAAAAGUUUAUUAUAUCUUUAGAAUUUUGGAUAAAGGAUUGUAAACCUAUAUUUGUUAUUCAUUCUUGGUGCAUGUUUAAGCAAUACACAUGGCAAAAACUCCACAGCAUUUACUUCUAUAUGUAGUAAAUAGCUAAUGUUGUUGUCAGCAAAGAAAGUAACUUUUACACCAACACUAACCUACAGCUAACCUUUACUAACAUCCCUUUUGCUUCCCUCUUUUUUUUUUUUUUUUUUUUUUUAGUAAGUAAGUAAGUUCUUUUAGUAUUAGUAUUUUAGAUAAGUUCUUUUAGUAUUAGUAUAUUCUUUCUUUUUUCCUCCAGUUCUUCUUCUUCCUCCUCUUUUUCUUCUUUUGUUUCCUUCUUUUUAGCAUUUGGUGAUAAUGCCUUCAGUGGGAUGUUCUUUUUUUGUCCUCUCUUGAAUAUGUUAGUUGUAUAGUGUCUUGGUAAUUUUCUGGUUGAUUGCUGCUUUUGACUCCUAUGACACUGACAACAACAUCAGUGGUGGAUGCAGAAUGGGAGGUAAUAAAAAUGUUUAACUGCAUAACUUUUAAAGAAUUAUACAAGGUUUUACUACAUGAUAACAAAUUGUCUCAUGGUAUUUUUAUUAAUACAGCAAAUUUUGAAUGCUCUGAAUUAUAUGCAGUUCCACUCUCAUUCAAGGUUUUUAUCAUUAAAUAAAUAAAACUGUAUUAUCCA